GACGUCAAGGCCCUCGAAGAUUCCUCAGUGGUGUCUUGUCUUGUCGCAAAAUAGAAAAGAAAAGAAAAGGAAGAACCCAUCACCAUGCUCCCUGCCAAUUGCCCGCUCGCUGUCCUCUCCCCUUCCCCACUUCCUCUUCGUCCACCAUGUCCGCCUCCACUCCAUACCACAGGCCAAAGCAAUUCAUGCCUUAUGGUCGUCUCGGGCCCUCUGCCUCUACAAGCCCGCUUCUGUCGUCCCCAGGCUCAAGACACAUAGAAAGCUUUGCCAGUUCGUCGUCGCUACUAUCUUUAGAUUCACCAUACAUGACACCUAGUCGCCCACUGUCACUCGGUGAAAAGUAUGACCUAUCUCCCGACCCGCAACGAUGGGGCUCGGACCUAUCACCGGAACUCAAAGAACCAGACGAUGACCUACAUACGCCCGACCCGCCAGGCAGUCGCAAGCUCAUCGAACGUGACGGACACUACUUCUCACUCCGAGGAUUCACCAACCUAGGCUUCCUAAUAGUAUUCAGUGUCAUGCUGGUCACCUUCUUGUGAGUACCUUCGUCAUUCUGCCUGUUACUCGUUGCCUCCUCGUGUUUCGAUUGGCCUCCUUCGCAUGUGGAACAUAUACAUCCUCGAUGCGUCCUUCAUCUUGCAUUGCUUUUCCGCCUCUCGCAAUGGCCGUCGUAUCUUUUUUUAGAUCGAGGAAGCAAAAAUGGUCAAUGCUGGGUACCCUAUAAUUACACAUUAUACCUCACGGCGACAGAGUACGCUUGGAGGCUUUAACUUAGGUGGAAUCAAUGCGUCAGGUCAGGUGCCUGUAAUGCCAGGCAACUUCAUGCUCAUAGACCCGGACACUCCACGCGAUGCAUAUACUAAACCAUCAUGGGCAAAUCCCUCUGGCAGGGAAAUGGAGUUGGUCUUCUCGGACGAGUUCAAUGUCGACGGGCGUACAUUCUAUACCGGGGAUGACCCGUAUUGGGAGGCCCAUGAUCUUCAUUAUUGGGCUACCAAUAACUUGGAGUGGUAUGACCCUGCUGCUAUUACAACCGAAGGCGGCAACUUGGUCAUUACGCUGGAGAGGAAGGCUACCCAUGACCUUAAUUACCAGGGUGGGCUGUUGAGCUCCUGGAACAAGUUCUGUUACACUGGAGGAUACAUCGAGGCAAACGUGAGUCUGCCUGGUAUGAACAAUAUCGAGGGCUUGUGGCCCGCGAUUUGGACGUUGGGAAACUUGGGCCGGGCCGGAUAUGGCGCGACUCUGGAGGGCAUGUGGCCUUACACAUACGACUCAUGUGAUGUCGGGACUGUCGCCAACCAGACUGUCAACGGUUUACCGGCAGCUGCGACGGUAAAUGGCGACAAAGGCAAAGGCGGUGUUCUAUCUUACCUCCCUGGACAACGUCUCUCGCGAUGCACAUGUCCCGACGUGAACGAGAAGAAUGGCGGUUUGCUUAUCCAUCCAGGUCCUAAGCAUUCCGACGGCACUUUCGUGGGUAGAGCCGCUCCUGAAAUCGAUUUGUUCGAGGCGCAAGUGACGGGACAGCCAUUAACGGGUCAGGUGUCUCAGUCGGCUCAAUGGGCGCCGUUCAAUGCAGGUUAUGUAUGGCAGAACACCUCUGAUAACAUGUUUGUUACGGACCCAAGUAUCUCCGUCCUGAAUACCUACAUGGGAAGUGUAACACAGCAAGCUACCAGUGUUGUCACGGACACGGAUCAGAAUUGCUAUGAACUUAAUACAGGGUGUUUCUCCAUCUACGGGUUCGAGUAUAAGCCUGGGUUCGACGAUGCCUAUAUCACUUGGGUUUCAGACAACAAGAUCUCCUGGACGUUGAUGGUUGACGGAUUGGGAGCCGACCCGGCGGUGGAGAUCUCUGCAAGGCCUGUACCUCAGGAACCAAUGUAUAUCAUCAUGAACCUUGGCAUGUCGUUUAACUUCGGUGACGUUGACCUGGAACAUAUCACAUUCCCGACGCGCAUGAAGGUCGAUUACAUUCGUGUAUACCAACCUCCGGACCAAAAGAACAUUGGGUGUGACCCACCGGACUUCCCCACUGCCGCUUACAUCGACCAAUACAUCGAGGCAUAUACGAACCCGAACCUGACGACAUGGGUGGACGACUUUCAUCAAACCUUCCCGCCGAACUCGUUCUUGAGCGAAUGUUCGGCAUGAUGCAGUCUGGCCUUCAUCAUCGCUCAUCUGGUCACCUUCACCGUUUUUCUUCUCCUUUUGCCUGCCGUCUUCAUUUCCUCAGGCAAGGGAUGGAUCAAAUUAAAAGCCAUCUCUUGAUGUAACGAUAUCCACCGGGAGUCCAGCCUCGCUCUUCUCCUUCUCUUUACCCGUGGCUGGACUCAAAAUGGAACUGUAAUCAUAUAUCCCCUCAAGCUGUAUCUUUAUAUACCAGUUAGACAUUCCCAUUCAUACACCUUUUUACCCUUUCCAACAUUCGAGUUCUUCCAUGGACUGCUUGCUGUCUUUCAGACCACUUCUCAUUCUCUCGCUUUCUUGCAACUCCGACAUAAAGUCGAACCCGCUUUUUCAAUUUGUGCACGUACAUAGUUUAGUCACACUCAUGCUGGACGUGGUUUGUAAGACGAGAAUGGUGCUUUGCUGGGCUCACACACCCCUUUCCUCGCUAUUAUUUUUCCAGCUUCCACCUGUCCUCCUUAGUACCUUCUUGUCUAUAUUCCCCGUUUGCGUAUUUGUCCGUUUCGUUACCACCGCAGGUUGCGAUUGGUUGAUGGGCAUGAUUGAUGAGUAGUUUAUUUGUACAUAUCUUGGACUGUUAUACAUUAGUUUCAAUCUUAUGUGUGUACUUUCU